AUUUUGAAUAUGAAGCUUCGUCUUGUGCCUGAAAUGCACCCGGCAUCACCGACAAGCAGACAAGGAGCUAACAGCAAUUAAAUUAAAACACCAAGCGUACUAAAAUUUUGGCCUAUCUUAGCAAUGAAAUCAACUAGAUUUAACCGAUAGAAUUAGCUUUUUCCACAAAUAAUCUAUAAUAGCCGAGUAAUUUAGUUGGAAAAAAGAAAUACGUCGAACUGUAAAAAGAAAAUGCAGUCAUUGCAGUAUUUUCUCUAACUGUCUAAGGAUAUAUAAAAUAUAUACUGGAAAAUGGGUAAUAAGAAGAGUUGUUGUUUUGUACCAACUGACGGAGCUAUCGAUCAGAAGAAAAAAGUGGAGGAAAAAUAUAAAACCAAUCAUAAAGAAGCUAGAUAUAACUUGGAACCUCCUCUAAUACUGACAACCUCUGCUUCAAAUGUUCAACAUAUCAGCGAAAGAGAACCUGAGGAUUGUCAAGAUCCGUCAAAUGACCCUGUCACUAAAACUCUAUUUGCUGUUAAAGGCGAAAGAGAUCCUGCUGGGAAAAAUCAUAGGAAAAAUUCUUGUCGGAGAAAGAGUCAGUAUGAUAAUCACGUCGUUAUCCAUCCACACUCGGGAAAAUUAAGGAAAAAGUAUAGUUCCUGUUCAACAAUAUAUAUCGACGAUUCCACAGUCACUCAGCCAAAUUUGAAAAAUACAAUUAAAGCAGUCGCAUUAGCCGUUUAUUUACAUAUAAAGAAUCGAUCUAACGAAGACGAUCACGAUUUAGACUUGGACGAUGAAAUUGUUGAAAUUUUUAAUGAAAAAGUUCACCCAUUAACGAGGGAUUCCUUGCCUACAGACUACUGUCGGAAAGAUCCUGAACAUAAAACAAUAUAUCGUUUUAUAAGAACAUUGUUCAACGCCGCCCAGUUGACUGCAGAAUGCGCUAUAGUUACAUUGGUUUAUUUGGAAAGGUUAUUAGCUUAUGCCGAAUUGGAAUUGGGUCCUCUAACGUGGAAGAGAGCACUUUUGGGUGCAAUAACUUUAGCCUCAAAAGUUUGGGAUGAUCAGGCGGUUUGGAACAUUGAUUAUUGUCAGAUACUAAAAGAUGUUUCUGUGGAAGAUAUGAAUGAACUGGAAAGACAAUUCCUGGAAUUGUUACAAUUUAAUAUUAAUGUUCCCGCAAGCGUAUAUGCUAAAUAUUAUUUUGAAUUGCGUGCUCUGGCGGAUGAACACGAUCUAAGCUUUCCUUUAGAAUUACUCAGCAAAGAACGAGCUAUAAAAUUAGAGGCUAUGUCGAAUAAUUGCGAAGAUAAAUUGAAAGGCGGCUUAAAAAGAUCUGUCUCAGUAGAUGGUGCGAUGAAUAAAAUCCAUACUCGCGCCAUUCUUUCAUAAUAAGGUGAUGAACCGGAUUAGAUGUAAAGUAAGUAUUAUUUUAGGAGAAACAGAGGUUGGAUAUCGCCGUGGUUACCACUGAGAAAUUAAUUAAAAUGUUACGCAAUUUCUGCAACAACCCUUAUGACUAAUUGAUUUUUAGUAUAGUUUAGUUAAACUGAUAAAGAAAAUGGGGGUUUUUACGUUCAAUCGAUAGGAUGGAACAACUGAAAGAUUUGAUCGACAAUAAAAUCAAUUUAAUUCUCUGAUUUCUAAUCUGAAUUUUAUUGAAAAUAAACAAAAACAAGGAAACAAAAUAUACACAAAUAAAUAAAUAAUUUAUAAUGAAAAGCAAUAAAAUAGAACGUGAAACACUUUUAAAAAGAGAACAAAAAUAAAGCUAAUUAGCUAAGAAUAUCUUCUAUCUUCCUAUCUCGAACACUAUCAAAGCAUGUCUGAAGGAUCUCUUUUUUUUCUCCAUCC